UACUGGUUAAACGACAUGUACCUCAACUACAGAGAACCGAUCCCGAUCAACUCCAAUCCAGGCAUGGUGAUGCCCCCCAGAAAGUUCACCACGAUUCUGGACGUCGCCAGGUUCACUGCUAGACUUGUAGAUGCGGCCCUUGCCCACAAAGACAUCCUCAACCACAGGGCGCUACCUGCAGAACGCGCCACCUCUAGGGAACCGGGGCAACCUCUCUGUAUGACGCAGUACUAUAAGAUCUUGGGGGCUUGCAGGAUACCAGGGAAAGUCAGGGACUCACAGUACACUGCGACGCCGCCUAAGAAUGGAGAGCAGGCCGCCGAGCACGUCAUAGUCAUCUGCAGAAGUCAGCUGUACUGCGUACCAGUCCAAGCAGGCGAUCGGGGAAGAUUAACAGAAGACGAAAUCUGCGCUCAACUCCUGUACGUUUUGGACGACGCUCCCUGCCUCUCGAACCCACCCCCUGUGGGCUUGCUGACCGGUUGGAAGAGAGCGCUGUGGGCGGAAGCCAGGGCAGACUUGAUGAAGGAGGAGAGGAACAGACGAAACUUGGAUCUGAUAACGAAAUCCCUACUCAUUGUUUGUCUGGACGAAGGGUUGCCCAACAAUUUCAACUGCCGACUGCCUAGGGGGGGCAGAGGUCACGCAGCCGGUAUGCGGGACGAGACCAACCUAGCCCAUCAGAUGAUUCACGGCGGGGGCAGCACCCACAACUCGGCCAACAGGUGGUUCGACAAGACCAUGCAGCUCAUCAUCUCCGGAGACGGUGCCUGCGGUCUAUGCUACGAACACUCCACGGCGGAGGGGGUGGCCGUCAUCCAACUAGUAGAAAAAUUGUGGAGACACGCCGAGUCUCUACCGAUGUCUUCGGAAGUUCCAGCCGCCUGCGGCAGUCACUUGCCUCCCCCGGAACGCCUGGAGUGGGUGUUGGAGCCGGCAGACCACAAACGGAUAGAAGACGCGGCUUCGCUCCUCGACAACCUCGUUAAGGAUUUAGAAGUUCAGGUUUACAGGUACACGGGGUACGGAAAGGACUUCAUAAAGGCUUGCAGGGUUAGUCCGGACGUCUACGUACAGCUGGCGCUGCAGCUGGCUUACUACAGGCUGUACGGGAAGUUGACGGCCACUUACGAGAGCGCCUCCACCAGGAGAUUUCGCCUGGGGAGGGUGGACUGUAUCAGAUCCGCAACUCCCGAAGCUUUAGCUUGGGUAACGGCCAUGUCCCAGCCCAAGGAGGACGACGAAAUGGGAAAUAAGAAGGUAAGCUUCCACCUGGUCAGUGACGAGAAGAAGCUCCUCCUGUGGAACGAGGCCGUGGCCGCUCAGACCUCCGAGAUGGUGGAGAACAUCCUCGGACAAGGGAUCGACAUACACCUUCUAGGCUUGAGGGAGGCCGCCAGAGAGACGUCGCCCACCGCGGCCGUGCCACUGCCGGAAAUUUUCACCCAUCCUUCGUAUAGGAUAGCCAACAGAUUCCUCCUGAGCACCAGCCAGGUGGCCACCUCGACGAAUAGCUUCAUGGGGUACGGGCCGGUCGAGCCUGACGGCUACGGGGCAGCGUACAAUCUGAAAGGGAACCACAUAAUAUUCUGUCUGUCAGCAUUUUGGUCCUCGGAGGUGACGAGUGCCUCCAGGUUCGCUCUGUCGUUGGAGGAGAGUCUGAAUUCCAUGCAGGGCCUUCUAACUAGGAGGCCCACGUAG